GUCUCAGACGUCUUGUAGGUAGGGUGUAUUUAUUUCGUGUUGUGCUCCAAUUUACAAAUUUGAUCAUUUCUAUCAAAUUUGUUUAGUGUACCUCUAGUAAAUCUACAAAACAGUAGUUUACCUACAAAUUCAGUUAGAUUUCGAUUAUGUGCGUGGCUCAGAAACGUGUCUCACGGUGAAAUUUUGUGGUUAUGUACUUGAGAAUAGUUUGUAACCUAGAUAGUUUUACAGUGUUUUGAUUUGAUGUAGUUUGUAAUUUUAACAAAACUGUUACAAAUAUGGCGUCUUUUCAACAUUUUGUGUUACUUUUUGUUAGCUGUUGUUUGCUAACUUUUGUUGAGAAUGGAAAGGGGUGAUGUCUUCGGAUCCUUGGAUAUGGAUAAGGGCAAAACGUUUGGAAUUGAUGAAGUUCGGUGUUACUGCAACAUGGCCGAAUGUAUCACAACAGGCUAUAUGUGCAAGUCUCAGAGGUUGGGAUGCUUCUCGGAUCUAGCGGCAGUCACUUCACCAUCUUCCAUUGAAAUGGUCACUCAUGGAUGCCUCGAUCUGCUGGAUAAGAAACUGCAAACAACCUGCAGAAAUCUGCCCGGAAAACCUGAUAGUUCUCCAUUAGACACUGGAGCUCCAAAAUCACUUCUGCUCUGUUGUUCCGAAGAUAUGUGCAAUGACGUAGAUAUCCCUGGAAACCAUUUGCAUCUAAAUAAUCAAGUUUUCAACAGCUCCAAUCAGCUGUUCCUGGACAAAACAGCUGGCAGACUGCGCCGGCCUAGCCUCAAUUCUGACACGCUGAUCUUCAGGCUUGCCACCUUUGCAGUUCCCCUGUUGGGCGCCAUGAUACUUUUUAUGUUGGUCACACUGGCUGUCAAUCUACUGAGGUCGGAUGCCAACGAGGAGAGAAUGAUGGCUAUGAAAUUGAGGCAAAAUGACGCUGCCUCCCUUCUGCUGAACAAACGUCAUUUUCCCAACAGUGCCAGCAACCUCAAUGACUUUGACACAAGCUCCAAGAAAGUACCUCUGCUGUAUCAAUAUGACAGAACCCAUCUACCCACCAACCACCUCGGAAACCGUGUAAACCUCCUGUACCCAAUCCUCCCAGGACACCAUGAUGAGAAGAACAAGACCAAUGCAAAGCUGAACAAUGUUUCAGCACCUUACCACACACCAGGUACCAAUUUGGAACAACCUCUGCUGAAGAUCAACUCUGGACCUCACUUCCAAGCCAUUGGGUACAAUAGCUGGGGAGGGGUUGUAGCCAACAAUUUGGGACCAUUCUGCCAGGAUACAUCUAAUAUAUCUGCAGCUUUGAACCAGUUUGUUCUGUCAUCAAAUUUUGGAGGGUGCCAGAUGAACACCCCUCUGGACAACUCAUCAACAUCAGUGGACAUUGGAGAAGAUGGUCCUUGUUGUUCCUCAGCAUCCCUUGGUGUGACAUCAGGUAAUUCUGAUGUUACAACACCAAACAAUGUUGUGGGGACAAGUGAUGCAGCAUCUGGUGUUGAGGGAAAUGUGUCUGCAACUUUGGGACAUGUUGGCAUAACCACUCCCGCAACAAAUCUUGCAGAUGUGAUGGGUGUUCCUGCAAGAAAUGGUGCAACUGGAGUCACUGGAGGGACAACAUCAGGAAUUGUUGCAGGAACUUCAGGAAUACUUUUAGAAACUUCUGGAACUUGCUGUGAUUGUUUGGAAACAAAAACCAAUCUUCCGCUCUCUGGAUGUGUUUCACCUUGCAACAGAUCAUCAACUACAGCUAACAACACACCUUGCAACCCCCAAAUGUCACCAAAUUCCCCUCAUAAUGUCAUUCCUGGGAGCCUUUUUGGGUAUGGGUGCAUCCAAUGUUCCAAUCCCCACAGUUUUUGGACCGUUUGCCUGUGUCACAACCCAGGCGACUUCCGAUGAGCAUCCUAUCUACAGUCUGCAGAAAUCUAGUGAGCUGCCUUUCUGCAGUCUGAACAAGUCGCCGCCAUCUUGUGAUGGAGCUUGCUGCAGUGGUUGUUCCUCGAAAUGUUUUGACAAGAAUUAUGGUGGCCAUGUUUGUAAUUUGUGUCAGGGAGCUUGCAAUGAUAGACUGAGUGCUGUAACAGCGUGUAACAAUUUUGACAGUAUAGAUGAUACAAAAUCUAAUUACAAGAAGAAUUUGAUGCCGCCAUUCUGCACAAAUUAAACACAUUUUAAUCCAAUUUUACAAAAAGAUUGCAACUUUAUUGCUCUAUCAAAUCUAAUCACGAUCAACUG